GAGAGCUGGAGGGAAGGAGAUCAGAGAGAAAAAAAGGAUAGAAGAACUUCAAGAAAAGACAGAUGCUAUAGCUCUUCUCUUUGCCUACUAACGCCUGAGCUGGGUUCAUGGCUGCGUGUGUGUGACGCGUAUGUGUGUGACGGCAACCGCGCAGCAGCAGCAGGGGAGGACGGAUCAAAGAGAUUGUAGGACACGAUGCAUUUAGCAGCCUAACGUCUCUACGCACACACUGCAGCCGGCAAAAGGAGAACACGCUCAUACUACGCGCAUCUGCACGCAGCCCACCCCACACACACACACACACACCACGCGUGUGUGGGGACAGCGCAGAUGAAGCAACCACCAAAGGGAGGUGCGGAUCAUUCCAGAAGCGUUUGGUAGAGGAGGGGACAGCGUUGGUGGCCGUAGCCCAGCAGGAGCGGUCGUAGGUGGGCAAGGGUCGGACAGUUUUCUUCAGAGCUCUGGAAACCCCAAAGAUGGACAUGUCCUUCAUCGCUCUCUUCCUCACGGCAGUGUCUGCUUCCACCGAGCCGCGUCGCUGUCGCCGGGCUUGUCUGUCAGCCGUGUGCGUGUCCGCAGGGGGAUUCGAUAACGUGCUGUGUUGAGAAACGCACACACAGAACACACCUGGAGAUCAGCUGUUCCGAUUCACUGAUACCGCAGUCUCUCUGCUGUGCUGAAGGAUGGAUUCAGGGGAAGACGAGUGCACCCGUUUCCUACAGUACGUGGAGGACAGUGGUCUGAGGGCGUAUGACGAGCUGGUUAUCCAGAACGCCUCCGACAUCGCUCGAGAGAGCGACCGCGUCCGCAACCACACACAAUGGACAUACCUACAGGAAAAAAACCAGAAGAAGAGACGGCAGGAGGAAGCUAUCAAGAGGAUUGGUGAGGAUGUGGCCCGUGCGACAGAAGGAGGGGGAUACGCAGGCAAACACUUUCGCAUGGGCUUCAUGACGAUGCCGGCCCCUCAGGACCGCGUUCCUCCUCCCUGCGGCCUGGGCUUCACCGUACGCUCACAGUCUCUGCACUCGGUGGGAGGGGGAGAGGAGGAGGGGAGUCCAACCUCACGAAAACAGCCCCCGCCCAAACCCAGACGAGAUCCCAACACCAAACUCAGCACUUCCUCUGAGACCGUCAACACUGGGCUCAGCACGGGGAAGAGCGGGAAGGAAACAGACAAAUGUGAUGCAUCUAAAUCCCGGCCCUGCAGUGAGGAGUACCGUCGCAUGCCUCCGCCAAAACCCAAACGCAACCCCAACACGCAGCUCAGCACAUCUUUUGACGAGUCUUACAUUCAAAACCACUGCAGCAAGGUUAAAUCUGCCUCUCUGCCGCGACAAAAAAAGAAGUCGGCGUCUCAGAAUCAAAGCCCCGCCCCCGCCACUGACGAUGAGGCGGAGCCUGUUUAUAUAGAGAUGGUGGGGAAUAUCUUACGGGACUUCAGUCGAAUUGCCGGAGCUAAUGGCGAUGAAGAGGAUGACCAAGGUGAAAGUGUGUACGAGGAGAUGAAAUAUCCUGUUUAUGACGAUUUGCCUUCAUCCUUAGACCACGGACAGUCACGAUGGGAGCAGUGUCCCACUCCUUUGGUGCCGGAGGUAGAACUUACACGACCCACUACUCCACGUGGUUCACUCUGUGACAUUCCUGCCCCGUUCCCAAAUCUGCUUUCCCACCGCCCUCCUCUACUAGUGUUCCCACCUGCACCAGCCCAGUGUUCCCCCAACUCUGACGAAUCUCCUCUUACUCCUCUGGAUGUCACCAAACUGCCCAUGUUGGACAACGUCGGAUAUGUCAAACCCGGUGGAUCCCCAACUAGCGCUGACCCUGGACCACAGUUGGAGGCUCAGCAGGUGUCUGGUAAACACCACCACCACCACCAUCAUCAUCAUAAGAAGAAGUCAGCAGAGACUAAGGAGCAACAAACAAUCACAGCAUCAGGACGGUCUUCCGCUCCCCCCCUGACAUCUACGCUGUACAAAAGCGGUGGGUCGUCCGCGGCACACGGGUACCCCCGGAGCCACUCCGCCUGCCCGUCCCCCGUCAGUAUGGGUCGUGCGUUAACGCCACUCACCCUGAAGCGCCCCCCGCCGUACGAUGCCCUCAUGACCGGGACGAUUCCUCGCAGCGCUUCCGGAGUUGCACACGGAUCACGUGAAAGCGGGCGGCUCUCGAAUUCCUCAAGUGUGCACGGGGGCUCCAUGCAAAAUGUCUCCACUGCUUCGGGUUCAAGCUCGGGGUCGGGAGGUCGAGGCUGUCGUACACCAACCAGUCCUCUGGAUGAGCUCAGCAACUUGUUCUCUUCCGGACGCAACAUGCUGAAGAAAGGUUCUGGAAGCCGUAAGAACAAAGACUCUGCAGAUGGUGAAAGUAAAGGCAGAAGUGACAGUAGGGACCGAGCCCUCCGUAGCUCUUCUCCGAAAUCACAGGAUUGGGAAACGCCCACUGGACAAUCAGCCACGCCCACUCGUCUUGGCCGCUCUUCCGUCAGCCCGACCACCAUGCUUGGGGAAACAAAAGCCGGGUGUAAACUCGGCCGCUCCGCAUCCACGUCAGGAGUCCCGUCCCCUAUGGGAACGCCCCAAAGACACACCCCCGAUGCCUCCGCCCACCAGUGCGGGACCCCGUUCCAGAUGCCCCCAAUGCCCUGGGCAUGUGGGGACAGCACCAUGAUGGAGAUGAUCGAGAAGAAACGUCACCUGUGCAAGGAGAUCAAAUCCAGACAGAGACCUUCAGACAAAGCCCUGUGCAAACAGGACAGCAUGCCCAUCCUGCCCAGCUGGAAGAAGACCAACGGGGGCAAAAAAUACGGGCCCCCUCCAUACUCCACCCAAACCACUGUCUUCUGGGACACUGCUAUAUAAAGGGUGACCAGCAAAACUACAGCCAUGGAGAUGCACAGACUGAGGGGGCGUGUCCAAAUAUUGAUUGACAGCUAGCAGGAAGUAGGACUAUUGAAGGACCCUCAAAUCUCCCUGGUUUCCUAUCGCUGUUUAUAUUUGAUAUUUUUAUAUUGAAGAUAACUGUCUUAAUAUUAAAUAUAAUUAGCGGUUUUAUAAAGAUGAACUCUCUAAAGGAGAUCUAAGAGUGAAAAUAGUACACUUUAAAACCCAUGAGAUGAUAUUUGUCCUCUUCUAAAUGGUAUUUCUAUUUAUUUUCUAGCCUUUUUUUGGGGGGGUGUUUCUAUAUUUGGCACUUAUCUGUGUGUCUGGGGAAAUAACCUAUAAUGUAUGGUGAAAUAUGUGCAGUAAUUCCAUUGAAAAAAAACGUUGUUUUUGACGCCUAUGCAUUUGGUUUUACGGCAUGGAUGGCGCUUUUCUUCAUCGUCCGUUUUUCAUAUGGAGAGUUUAUUUGAAAAUAAUAUAUUUUUGGUGUCUGUACUUUAAAUGUGGGAUUGUGAGUUGUCAGGCAGUUGUUCUUAUGGCUUCUGGGUUGGACUUGAAGGCAAUCGGCUGGAUUGUGAGAUAGAUGGGUUUGAUUAGUCGGAUUAGAUGACAUAAGUGGGUUAUUGAAAAUAUGGAUCAGACUGUUUUAUAAGGCGGUUUGUAAGAUAUUGAGUGUGGUCAGAUAAACUGUGAGGGCACUUUCUGUUUCGCGAGGUCAGCUGGUGUAUUUCAAUUGUUAGCGCUGUAAACUCACAAACGCACACUAAUAUCAGCUGCUUUAUGGCCUAACAUUUGGUGCUGUUCAACUCCUUUCUUGAAUGUUCAAUCUCAACAGCUACAUGUCAGUCAUGCACAUAAUAAAAAUUGUAAAGAAAUUUGCGUGGGCGCAUUGCGCAUGAUCAGGGAUCGAAUGAUGAAAAUCUAGGUCCUCUAUCUGGCAUGUCAGAUAAUAAAUCUCAAAUGCAGACACCCUUCUUUUAUGAAGCACUAUGCAGACAUACUGUCAGUUUACACAUUCAUAUAUCAUUGUGACACGAGUCAAGGGCAGGCAAGAGGCAAUAUCGUGCUGAAAAGGCUCAAAAAGAAAGACCAAGCUGUCAUUUACUCCGAUCAGAUGCUGUGCAUCCAGGCUUAAACCCAUAGCUUUACCACGCAAACAAAGAGCCAUGCCGGUGCAUUCAAGCACACUUGACUUUAUGUGAACUAGUCAUAAGCACUUAAACACUAGGAUGCCAAGCACGUCUUGAAAUGACAGGAGAGUAAAUGCCUUUCUGUGCGUGUUUAAUAAUGAUUCUGGAAUCAGGUCAGAUCACGAAACAUAUUAAAUGCAAGUAUACAAACAGACACAAUGUAGGCGCAUAGUACCUUAAGUGUGGAAGUAAGAAAUCUUAGUAUUCAAGAUAGCUAUAGAGUGCUGUAAAUGAGUCCUAAACCCCGGAAAUGAGUUAGUGUAUUUGUACAUCCGGUUCCAUCGUGCCGAAGUCAAUGGGAUUUUUGAAUGGGUUUGCGUUGCGGUUAACACAGGCUCAAGAUACUUUUCAUUUUAUUGUAGGACAUAAAAAAACAUCAGUAAUACCCCACUUAUGAUUUUCUUAAAGGGAUAUUUCGCUUUGAAAUUAUUUUCUGUUAUGUUUUAGCUUACCAC